AUGGCCUCAAAACGGCCAAUUCGUGUGUUGCUCUCGACUGCAUCGUCACCUCUUCUCCGCCCCGCUCAAUCGUCAACGAGAACGGCGGCCGUGGUGCGGACUUCGGCCUCCACAUGUCCCUUCUCGUCCACCUCCACCUGCUCAAGUGCACCUGAAUACGACACACAAGCCGAAAACCGUCCAAGAUGGCAAUACACACCAGCUCGCAUGACUGCUCCCUUCCGAAUACGGCCACAGGCCAGAGGGGGCGUGUUCCAAGUCAAUGAGGACCCAAGGAGACUCGACGAUGCCUAUACACGCAUGCUGGGACCGGGGGGCGACAAGGUGCUGGAUGACGAGGUCAAGUGGCUGGCCGUCACACACAAGAGCUUCGACCAUGGAAGGCGGGGGUUCAAUGACCGGUUGGCAUAUCUUGGACGGAGGAUAGUAGAGCUGCAAACAGCCCAGGCUCUCAUCAAAUCACCACAAGAAACUCAAUGGCCAAGGGACAGCAAUGACAUCCCCAUGCCAGACGAAUUCGGUCGGAAACCAUACCUCCAUCCCGCGCUCAACGGACUGCAAGGCCUAACGGAUGAAGCUGAGAGUGUCGUGUUGAGCCAGAAGCGCUUAUCGCAAUUAGCAGAACGAUAUGGCCUGGACAAGGCGGAUAAACUUCAAGAUUCAGGUAUGGAAGCAGUCCUUAUAACAUCCUUGUAUGCCAUCGUUGGUGCCAUUGCUCUCGAGCGUGGUGGUCAAGUCGCCAACAAGAUCGUCCAGGAGAAGAUUUUGGCCCCAUUGGGCUUCUCCUUCUCCACCGAGACAUGA